GAUAUUGUGGUAGAUAUACAUUAUAGCAUAUUUGACAUGACGUGUUUUGACAAACUAUUUUAUUAUUUUUAGCCGGUGUGGCUUUGUUAUCUAAAUUAAUUGUAUCUACAAAACUGUAUACAAUUAUGAAGUUAAUCGUAUACAUCAGUCAGUCAGUAGUGAUUAAAACAAAUUAAUGGGUAAAUUAAAACCCAACGUAAAGUAAUACACGUGGACCUAACCUAGUUUAUUAGUAUCAAUAUGUGGAAUAGAUAGUUUUUAAAUCAAAUACAUAUAAUGUCGUAAAUUCUACGCAAUCAGUGUUAGGCAAGCCUGCUAAUAGUUUUAUAUCAAGAAAAAAAAUAAUGUUGCCUUUAUCGCAAAGGGAUACUUUAUUGAGUAGAAGUCUGGGUUCUAAAGUUAAAGAAAAGUUUAAUGGCUGGUUAAGAUUAAUAUUUUCUGACCGAAAUUCGAAAAACCUUUUUCUAUUUUUACUUCUUAACUUAUCAUUUGCAUUUGUUGAACUUUCAUAUGGCAUUUGGUCAAACAGCUUGGGUCUAAUUUCGGACUCUUUCCAUAUGUUUUUUGACUGUACAGGAUUAUUGGCUGGGUUAGCUGCCUCAGUAAUUACGAAAUGGAAAGCAAAUGAUAAGUAUUCAUACGGUUAUGUAAGAGCAGAAGUAAUUGCAGGCUUUGUAAAUGGAUUAUUUUUACUGUUCAUUGCAUUUUUUAUAAUGUCUGAGGCUGUUGAAAGAGCUAUCGAACCUCCAGAGGUUAAGCAUGAAAGACUUUUUGUGGUAUCAGUAUUAGGGUUUUUAGUGAAUUUGAUAGGAAUUUAUGCAUUCCAACACGGGCAUUCUCAUGGAGGAAGUUCCCAUGGACACUCUCAUGGAGUUUCAAAUUCUCAUGGACAUUUGCAUAACUCACAUGGACAUUCUCAUGAUCAUCCUAUUGAAUUUGACUCAAACGGUGCGAACUCUCAAAUAAUGAAGGGUGUAUUUUUGCAUAUACUAGCUGACACCUUAGGAAGUGUAGGAGUUAUUGUGUCUGCAAUUUUGAUGCAAACAUUUGGCUGGAUGAUAGCAGAUCCAAUCUGUUCCAUGUUUAUAUCACUACUAAUUAUAGUUAGUGUACUUCCAUUAAUUAAAGAUUCAGUAUCAAUUUUGAUGCAAAGACAGCCUGUUUCUUUGGAUAAUAUUCUUCCGCAGUGUUAUCAAAAAGUGAUAAGUUUAGCUGGAGUGUAUUCAGUUCAAGAGCCUCAUUUUUGGACUUUAUGCAGUGACUUCUAUGUAGGCGCUAUUAAAUUAGAAGUAUCAAAAAAUGUUGAUCCAAGAUAUGUUAUUCAACAUACGCAAAUGAUAUUCGCUGCAGCAGGAGUUAGGCAACUUUAUGUGCAACUUGAUUAUACUCCUAUGUGAUAAUGACAUCGUAGUGUCAAUUUGCAUUUAAUGUUGGUGGAACCAGGAAGAUUGGUAGAGUGAAGCUAAAUAAAAAUGUCUAAAGUUUUUUAAAUUUUAUGUAAUUAUUAAAAAAAUAAAUAUUUUCUGUAUUUA